UUAAGGACCGUUUAAGAGGCAUUUUUCAAGGCGACGACUUUCCCAUUUUGGAACACCGCCAGCAAAUAUCCCUCUGAGUUGAACAAAGGUCGGGAAUGAAUGAGUCACUGUUCUCAGCACGAGUCCUCCGGGCUCCUUCUGGGAGGGUUCCGUUUUGUAAUGAAGAACAGAAGGUGUUCUGUAGGAAACGGGCCCUACCUUAGCACCCAGUCGCCGGCGACUGCCUUGUCCAUUCUCUCUGGACAACCGAACUUGGUUUCUGCCACCUCCUUGCUGUGGGUUUGAAGAGUGAAUCAGCUGUGCACAUGCGUGUAGCAGCCUGAGCAGGCCUGGGGACUCGCAGCGGGUGAGUGCCUCCGGCCCCCGGCAAGGAGAGGCCGUUCCCUGCCUUGCACGAGCAGCCCUCGCCUCCAACCUCCAACCUCCAGCCAUUCAGGAAAUAAAAGGCAGGAGAGAACAUGUUACCUCAGGAGCACUCUUGGUAUCCGUGAAUGAAAAAAGUCAGUUACAUUCAUGCUGGAACAUAUGGAGACUUUUAACAGACUCAGAAUCACCAGUUGGCAUUGGAGCUGGUUGACUGUGACAGUCAGCGUGCUUCUGGGUGUGAGGCCAUCAGCUUGUGGGGAUUUAUCUGGUGCGCGUCCAAACAUCCUUCUUCUGAUGGCGGACGAUUUCGGCAUUGGCGACAUUGGCUGCUAUGGCAACAACAGCAUCAGGACUCCAAAUAUUGACCGCCUUGCAGAGGAUGGUGUGAUGCUCACCCAGCACGUGGCAGCUGCGUCAGUGUGCACCCCCAGCAGGGCUGCUUUCCUAACAGGCAGAUACCCUCUCCGAUCAGGUAUGGUUUCCAGCAAUGGUUAUCGUGUUCUUCAGUGGACCGGAGUAUCUGGAGGGCUCCCAACCAAUGAGACAACUUUUGCAAAAAUAUUAAAAGACAGAGGAUAUGCCACUGGCCUAAUAGGAAAAUGGCAUCUGGGUCUCAACUGUGAAUCUUCCAACGAUCACUGCCACCACCCGCUCAACCAUGGAUUCGACCAUUUCUACGGAAUGCCCUUUUCCAUGAUGGGAGAUUGCAUCCACUGGGAACUAUCAGAGAAGCGCGCAGGCAUGGAGCGCAAACUGAAUGUCUGCUUCCAAAUCAUGGCCUUCACUGCCCUCACGCUCACCACUGGGAAACUCACCCACCUGACAUCGGGCUCCUGGACUCCGGUCAUCUGGUCAACCAUUGCAGCCAUCCUGCUCUUCAUGACGUCCUAUUUCAUGGGGGUCUUGAUUGUUCACGCAGACUGCUUUCUGAUGAGAAACCACACCAUCACUGAGCAGCCCAUGGACUUUCAAAGGACGACGUCUCUUAUUCUCAAAGAGGUCUCGUCCUUUGUCCAAAGGAACAAGCACAGACCUUUCCUUCUCUUUGUCUCCUUUCUACAUGUGCACACCCCUCUGAUCACUACGGAGACAUUCCACGGGAAGAGUGUGCAUGGGCUUUACGGGGAUAACACAGAAGAGAUGGACUGGAUGCUGGGGCAGAUCCUUGCUACUUUGGAUAUGGAAGGUUUGACUAACAGCACCCUUGUUUAUUUUACGUCGGAUCAUGGGGGAUCUUUAGAGGCUCAAGUCAGAAACAACCAGUAUGGCGGCUGGAAUGGAAUCUACAAAGGUGGCAAAGGGAUGGGGGGCUGGGAAGGCGGCAUCCGUCCGGCGAUCUUCCGCUGGCCUGGGGUGCUGCCGGCCGGCCGAGUGAUCCACGAGCCCACCAGCCUGAUGGAUGUUUUCCCCACCGUGGUCCAGCUGGGGGGCGGUGAGGUGCCCCAGGACAGGGUGAUUGAUGGCCGGGACCUGCUGCCCUUGCUGCUGGGGGCAGCACAGCACUCUGAUCAUGAGUUCCUGCUGCACUACUGUGAGAAUUUCCUGCACGCAGUCCGCUGGCUCCAACGGGACAGAGGAAGACUGUGGAAAGUCCACUACAUGACCCCAGUGUUCCACCCAGAGGGAGCCGGCGCCUGCUACGGGAGAGGGGUCUGCCCAUGCUCCGGGGACCAAGUGGCCCACCACGACCCACCUUUGCUCUUCGACCUGUCCAAAGACCCUUCCGAAGCCCACGCCCUCACCCCGGACACGGAGCCCUUGUUCUAUCAGGUGAUGGACACGGUCGCAUGGGCCGUGGAGGAGCAUCGCCAGACGCUCAGCCCGGUUCCUCUGCAGCUGGACACGUGGGGCAACAUCUGGAGACCUUGGCUCCAGCCCUGCUGCGGCCGGUUUCCCCCUCUGCUGGUGUGAUCGGGAGGGAGACCCAGAAUCACUGCCUGCCAGGGAGAGCUGGCUCCUUCCCUGAUCCCCGCACUUCUGGUCGAAAUACAACUCCCCUGU